UCUUUAAAGUGCUACAUUGUCCUGCAUUUUGCUUCUACAUGUCAUACAGACUUACCUGGCUCAGCUAAACUGGUAUAAACCCCAUACUUUUAGUGAUGUCAGUGCCAGGAUGAGCACUGUUGAGACCACUGAGUUUAUGGAACAAAAAGAAACACUUGGGGCCUGAUUUUAUGUUACAGCACCCUAUGGCCAUGAUUUAUAUCUAACUUUUGCUAGGAUAAAUGACCACACAAAGUGCAGGACAGUGUAGAUUCUGGCUGUCUGUUCCCUCAGGCUUGGUGUGCACUUGACAUUUAGAUAUGCCUAGGUAUGUUAUUCUUGGGGUAGGAAAGAUUCAUGCCCUUGAGUGCUGUAGCUAUCCAAACUGUUGAUGAAAGAAUGCUGCUUCUAUCAGUUUAGCUGCUGUCACUCAGAGCCAUGUCUACGGGAGUGGUUCUUAACUUUUCCAAAUGACUUUACCCCUUUCAGGAGUCUGAUUUGUCCUGCAUACUCUAAGCUUCACCUCAUUUGAAAACUUGAGCUUUGGCUUCAGCCCUGGGCAGCAGGACUUGAGAUUUGGCUUUCUGUCUUGGGCUCCAGUGAGGCUAAUGCUGGCAUUGGCAACCCCUUUAAAAUGAACUUGCCUAUGCUAUUGUUGUGAGAACUGCUGAUAUACUAUAUACAAUAUUAUAAAUAAAUCAUUUUCUGCAUGAAAUUUUAGUUGACCUGAGUUUUCUAGUGGUUUUUAUGUAGCCUGUUGUAAAACUAGACAAAUAUCUAGAUGAGAUGUUGUACCCCCAGAAGUUGAAAACUACUGGCCUAUAGUAGUCGGAAAGCCUCUUUACUAUAAGAAGAGUCUAUAUUAUGGCUACUAUGGUAGCUAAGUCAUUCUGUGUGCCUUGGAUGAAGUCUGUCGGGGGCUUGAAAUAUUUAUUGUAAAUAUUUUUGCCACCUAGCAGCAUAGUGUCUAGUUGUUGAAUGGCAGGCUUUCUCAGCUACUGAUAGAUUCAUAGCUAAAGUGAAGUCUAACAAAAUUUGCAUAAUAGGAUGGCUCUUUGUUGCUGAUAUACAGGUAGGCUGCAUCUGACCACUGUUUUGCCACCAUGUCAAAAUAAGGGGGUGAACCAUGUAUACUUGUAUCUAUAUACCAAAUUUGUAGCAAACAAUAGUUCUGAUUAUGUAUUUCCAUAGAGAAUACACCAUGCAGGUAUACGCACUAGAGACUUUAGUAAUCAGGCCACCAUGAUUGCUGAGAAAAUUUGUCUUAAAAAGAGAUCAACUAUGGGCGUGAAAGGUUUGCAGUGGUUUGUGGCAAAUGCAUGUCCUAAUGCAUGUACGAUGGUAAAUCUUAAAGAAAUGGCAGAAAAACAUCACAUCGAUCAUCCUGACUCUCCUCCUGUAAUUGUGGUAGAUGCUAUGGGUUGUAUUCGACAGUGGUACACCUCAGAAUCCUGGGUCUGUGGUGGCCAGUGGCAAGAGUACCUCGCUAACUUGCAGCAUUUUAUUAAAACUUUUAUGGCAGCUGGUAUCAAGCUGGUGUUCUAUUUUGAUGGUGUGGUAGAGCAGAAAAAGAGAAAUGAGUGGGUCAAACGAAGAUUGAAGAACAACAAAGAAAUAACCAGAAUCUUUCAGUUCCUCAAAUCUAAUAGACAACAACCAGGGAGAGGGAUGUUCUUUAUUCCUUCAGGAUUGGCAACUUUUACACGCUUUGCCUUAAAGUCACUUGGUCAAGAAACGAUAUGUUCAUUGCAAGAAGCAGAUUAUGAAGUGGCUUCUUUUGGACUGCAGAAUAAUUGCAUGGGAAUUCUUGGACAAGAUACUGACUACCUAAUCUAUAACACUUCUCCCUAUUUUUCCAUUAGUAAGCUCUGCUUGGAUAGGAUGGUUACUGUUAUGUACUCCAGAGAGAUCCUCUGCCACACAUUAGGCCUCAACAUAAUGGACCUUCCUCUUUUUGCUUGCCUUCUUGGGAAUGAUAUACUUCCAGAAGACAUUUUGGAGGGUUUCUGGCAGAAAUGUGUAGCUUCAUGUCCUCCAAAGAGCCAGAACUAUGAUAAAAAGACAAACAUAAUUCUAGCUGUAGCAAAUUACAUAUCAAAACUUCCAUGCUCAUAUGAUAGCCUGAAAGACUUGAAAGAAAUGCUUCCUUUGGCAUCAGACAAAUUACUUUACAGGGGAGUGGAAUCCUAUCUCUUGCCUGGCCAACAGUCUCCAUGGCUUCCUCCCAAUGAUUCUCAAAUGCAUCUGGUCAAGCAAGAAAUAGCCACAUGUGCAGAUCAGGACAUCUUUCAGCUAGCUAAAGAACAGCACAUCAGGGCUGAAAAUUAUAUGGUGUACAAUGUCCUAAGUAAAGGAGAAGUGGAAUGCAGCAAUACAUUGGAAGAUGAAUUUGAUACAGAACUUCCUGGACAGGCUCUUAUUUACCGUCCGGUUCGGCAACACAUUUAUUCUGUUUUACUGGAGUCCAGAAAAGACAGCUGUGGAGCUUAUCCUGUAGUAAAGGAAUGGUUUGUGUACUUCGGGAAUCCAAUGCAGCAACCAGACCUCGUACAGCCUGUACAGCUUGACAUCCCAGGUGGAACACCUAGUUUGAGAACAUUGUGGCUCACGAAAGGAUCAGAGGUGAAAACAUUACAGUAUAACACGUUUCUGGCAUGCUUUCAUCUUCAGGACAUGGUGGGGGAGUUCCAGUUGCUGGAUGCACCUGUUGCAGCUGUCUGCUGCCUACUGAUUUACCUUACCCUGCAGGUGGACAGUCUCUCUCUGGAGGACUUGAAUGCGUUUGUGGCUCAUACUCUGUGCCUUCAGGGGAAGUCUGUUGCUCAGCUAGCAGGUUUUCAGCUUGCCCAGGUUGAUUCCAGAGCUGUACACCUUGGUUCUCUCUUCAUUCGUGGACUUACAACUUUGAUUAUGGCCAAUGGUGCCUGUGGUUUUCCAUUGAAUAUGGAUGAUUUGAUGCCCUGGAAGGUGUUUGAUGGAAAACUUUUUCAAAAGAAAUAUCAGCAGUCACACAGAGGGUGUUCUUUGGACGAACUUUUGGAGGGCAAUGGAUCUUUGCACAUGCAGUUCCAGAAUCUGAAGUCACUCAUUUGCAAGGCUUGCACAGUAAAGAAGAGAACAAUUCAGAGCAGACAACGAGGGAAUGAAUUUAUCACAGAAAUGCAAGGAGGAGGAAGGGGUCAUGAUUUCCAGCAAGCGCACGCAACUUAUUUCAUUCCACCACAUCAUACUCAGAACAGGGGAUUCCAGAGGAGAGGCGCUCAACCUUACUUUCAUGGGUCUGAGGCCCAACCUUCUGGUAGAGGAUACAGAUCAGGACAUCGAGACCAGAGGAGGAGGUUCCAGCUUGCGCCCCGACUGUUUGUAUUUUAGAUGGCCCAGAUGACUUUGUCCAUGAUUGGAGCCGAAUGAAAAGUGAUAAGACGACAAAAUGUUUUUUAUAAAGUACUCUAAAUUGAAUAUAAUAAAAUAAUUUCUGUAUUUUUAUUGUACUGUCAAUAAUAUGAUAAAUCCAAUACACAUUUUAAGAUUGGUCGUGAGAAGUAUUUAAUUACAUUACCCUGAUUUCUCUCAGUAUUUCCAAUUCCAUUUCAUUUUGACUUUUCAUACUUCUUUUCAUUAAAUUAGCAAUGUUUGUAAGAGUAUGUGUUAUGCUCUGAGGCAAACUUUGAAAUGUUUGAUUCCCAAUUCCACAGUGAUAGCUGCUUUAUAAAAGUCUCAGACAAUUAUGAUUUCUGACUGUAAAGGAAAUAUGUACAGAAAUGGAGGCUACUUUUAUGUGGUGAAGAAGUUAGAAUAAGUCUAAAGUGGUAAAGCCAUGAGUGAGUUUAAGAGUAAGCUUCAGAGAGGUAGCUGAGUUAGUCUGUAAUAGGAAAAACUUUAAAAAAUAGAAUAGUCUAGUAGCACCGUA